GGCGUCUAUUAAUCGAUAAUUAUCUAACUGUCAGACGGGAUAUCUCUACCCGAACUCCAUAGACAUAAACCCACCUAAUGCUGUCAUAUAUCCAAAUCAUACGAAUCAUACAAAUCAUAACAUGACCAACGAAAAGGUCUACGCCAUCACUGGCCUCGCGGGCAUCGGCCUCGCCGUGGCCCGCCAACUCCACGAGCAAGGCGCCCGCCUUUCGCUAGCGGAUAUCUCCGACGCAACUCUCCAAACCGCACUCGCCCAGCUCCCCAACGCCAACACAGACAACACCCUCACCACAGUGGUAGAUGUGGGCUCUGCUGCCUCCGUCAACGAGUGGAUCGAUGCCACGGUUCGCCAUUUCGGUCGUCUCGAUGGCGCCGCCAACAUGGCAGGCAUUAUCGGCAGCAAACACGGCACCGGAGCGUUGACGGAGCAGGAUGAUGCAGAGUGGGAUAUGCUGUUGAGAGUCAAUCUGACUGGAACGAUGUAUUGUCUGCGGGCACAGAUAAAAGCUAUUCAGAGCACGAGUGGGACGGGGAGCAUUGUCAAUGCGACGAGUAUUCAAGGGGUCAGGGGGUUUGCCUUGCACGCCGGUUAUUCAGCAUCAAAGCAUGGGGUUGUUGGGUUGACGAGGAGUGUGGCCAAGGAGGUGGGACCAGACAUUAGGGUCAAUGCAGUGGCGCCUGGGUCGAUCCAAACGCCACUGUUGGACAAGGCGGUUGCUAUCCAGGGUAAACUGGGGAGUAUGCCAACGGUGUUUCCGAGAGUGGGCACGGCGGAUGAGGUUGCCCAGUCGGUGCUGUUCUUGCUCAGUGAUGCCUCCUCGUAUACCACCGGCAUGGUGUUGAAUGUGGAUGGCGGAUGGGACCCGUAGGGCCUGCUCCAUAGAUGAGCAACACGUUUCAUACCGUGAAGGAUUGGCCCCAUGUUGGAUCCCGCAGGAUCGAUCCGCAAAUGGCCCCAUUUUUGGAACUGCAGCGAGAUGGUCGACGCUGGAUCACCUGCACAGCCAGAGGAAUGUACCAAUGACUUCAAAUAUGAGUUUCUGCAGGAGAGAAGGAU